AUGCGGAUCAAAGGAACUCUGAACCCAUUUUUGUUCUAUGACAUACCUCUCACUGAUGUUGUGGGCUAUUCUCUGCGGUUGGCCGCGAUCCCGACUACACCAGACAAUGUACCUAUGAUUCCAAACCCACAUGUGGCGGAUUUGACCAUCAACCCAGACCCAAAGUCGCCAGAAUUUGGGCAGCCCAGCGCACCGCUCAGUCCGACACGCUCGUGGUGUGUGGUGCGCAAAGAUCGAGCCCAAAUGUAUCCCAUUCAUGUCGCCGCCGUCGUCAUCUACGUCACGGAGAUGCUGGACGAGGUCAAAGGGGUGGCGGGCAGGGUUGCGAAGGGCGAAGAAGUGGACAAGGAGGAGAUUGCAGCGAGGCUGCUUACGCCGAAGGCUUUCUCGGAGGCUUUCGAGAGCAUCAGGGUGAAUUGUAAGCUGGAGGAUGCUGAGAGGUGGGCGGUGGUUGCAAAUCCGAUACAGGCGAAUCAAUUCGGGCCGUAG